AUGUCUGAAGAGGUUGAGAUUCAGCCCAUUCCCUCCGUCAAGGAUCUGGCGAGCAGUGAACCCUUCAUCCGACGGUCAUGUCUCAAGGACAUCAUCUUCCACCUCAAUGACCGUAGUGCGACGGCUCCAUUAACACUAACCCAAUGUCUCCAACUCUGGCGUGGCCUGUACGUGGCACUCUAUAUGCACGACAGCAAGAAUGCCAUAUCUGUGCAAAAUCUCACUGCCGAGCUUGCUGGCACAGUACGGGCGAUGUUUGCUAAAGACGAGGAACGGGGCUCCGAUGGCCAGACUUCAUCAUGGCUGGCCACGUGGGCUUCUGCAUUUUGGGCGACAAUUUGCAGAGAGUGGGCUUCGAUAGACCAGUGGCGUAUGAACAAAGUUCUCUUGCUGGUGCGGUUUUUCUUGAGGGAAACAUUCAAUGUCAUACUAGUCUCGGUGUCAAAGACCGAUGUGGACGUUAAAGCAACUUCGAAAAAUUUGUUGACGACCCAAAUAACAGUUCUCGAGACCUGGCCGCUCAGCCCUCGAGACCGAAAGGUUCCAGACGGAUUGAGACUUCAUGUCCUUGAUAUCUGGGUGGAUGAGUUAGCUGGACAAAUCGGUUCUGCUGAAAGAGGAAAUGAUGAGUCCAAAGGCAAUCAAUCUGGAAACCUCAAGUCUCACCUGAUAGAGGCUUCAACUAGAUGUAUGACGCCGGUGGAAAAUUUGAGCAAAGAAGCAUUAAGCAAGGGAGUGAAACUCAGAGCCAAAGAUGCAUUGAAGAUCUUUCAGGAAAAGUUUUCAGCAUCGUGA